AUGUUGCUUCGUAUCCCACUCGUGCUUGUCGCUGUUUCGGUGGCUCUCAGCCUCGCAUACAGAUACUCCAACAGCCGUUCGGCCAACACCACCACGGGCUUGUCGAAGACUACGAUGGCUCAUGCGUUCGCAAUAGAAGCCAUACAGCUUACUUUGGCCAUCAUGGGCUCCGUCAUCAGCUGCGCCAUGGUACUCAUAUCACCAACUAUCCUCUACCGAUUCCAGAUUGCAGACUUGGAGCUGUACAUUUCCACCUGGCUGGCCGCUGUGGGAAUACUCGCCAUGUAUGCUUCAGCAGUCUUCACGAUCGAUGCCAUCGAUAGUCUCAUCCAGCUUGGAUCAUGGACCCAUCCAAUCCAAAUCCAAACCUUGCUCCUCACGAGAAAUCUCUUGAUACCAAGCACAGUCACGACAAAACGUCGCUCGGAAGAGCUCGUUGACAGGAAGGCGAUGGCAUCUGUGAUCCCGUUUCAGUCUCGAGGCCGCAGUAGAACUCCCAAAGAGCUUACACCUUCUUCAUCAUCGAAGCUGUGUGAUCGAGCAGUAAGCGAACCAGCAACGCCGACGAGAAGAUUCAGGCACAUUGGCGUCCAGUUUCCAUCAGAGACUCGCAACGCGCUUGCAAGAACCUGGUCCAAGCCACCGACUUCCACACACCGGGUAAUCAGAACCAUUAGCACACCGUCCAUCGUUCGUCGCGUCCGCAAGUUCUCUUUGGAUGAGUCGCCAGUUUCGACGAGGGGCGUGCAGAGCAGGUCAUUAUUGAGAGCUUCAACACCCUCGCCCGUCAAGACUCCAGACCACCACUAUCGUAACCCUGCUCCUGCUCCGGCAAUAUUCCACACUCCAAGUCCAAUCUCCACGAAGCGCUCACUUUCGGUUCAUGUAUCCAGCACACCUUCUUCUAUCAUCACCGUCGACUUCGAGAGGACAUCAGCAUCUUGGGAGAAUAUCACUUCGUUGGACUUAACAUCGCCGUCUAGCAAGAAUAACGAUGAAGGCUCGGCCUCAGUGAAUAAGAGUUUGCAUGCCAGUGCGCCUCCCGCGUUCGCUUCGAGCACGGUGAGCUCGCUGUCGAAGAACCGGACGCGAGCUCGUGAUGUUCUGGGUCAGCAUAAGUUGGUGGCGAGUGAUCAGGUUGGUAAUUCUUCGAGCAGCGUGGGUGGCGGUUUGGUUAAGCAAGCUGCUAAGCGAUUUGAGCAGAAGGGGUAA